CUUACAUGUAAAGGUGUUUGGAGCUCUGAUGUCUUUAUUUCACAGAAAAUGAUUCAUCACAGAAAUACCACCUGAUUUAUGAUUCAAAGACCUGGCUGGAAGCUCAGAGUUACUGCAGGGAGAAACACACAGACCUGAUCAGUGGAUUGAAGCAGCUACAGGAUGGAGAAGUGAACAAGGGGUUCAAUUUAAUGACUGCAAAUUCAAGGUACAUAUUUAUCGGUCUGUUUAGUGACACCUGGAUGUGGUCAGAUGGAAACAGUUUCUCCUUCAGACACUGGAAUCUGAAGUUUGACAAUCAGAGAAUCAAGAGUGGUCAAUGUGCCGUGACUGUGUUUGAUGAUGGAGGCAGAUGGAAGAAUAAGAACUGUGAUGAAAGAAAACCCUUCAUCUGUUAUGAUGACAGUACAGUGAUACUGAUCAACCAAAAGAUGAACUGGGAAGACGCCUUGACCUACUGCAGAGAGAACCACCAUGACCUGGUCACCAUCACCAACAUGGAUGAUCAGAGAUUAGUCCAGCAAAAAGCUCAGUUUGCUUCAACUGAUUUUGUCUGGAUUGGACUGAGCUACGCCUGCACUCUGGAUUUGUGGUUCUGGGUCAGUGACGAGGUGGUCAGAUACAACAACUCGGCCCAAAAUGAACCGAUGGACGACUGUGACAUGUCUGGAGCCAUGGAGACGGGAGGAGAAUAUCUGUGGUUUAAAAAAAAUGAUACAGAGAAGUUUAACUUCAUUUGUUCUAAACAUCCUUCAGGAGAAUAA